AUGGAAACAGAGAACCUCACAGUGGUGACAGAAUUCAUUCUUCUCGGUCUGACACAGUCUCAAGAUGCUCAACUUCUGGUCUUUGUGCUAGUCUUAAUUUUCUACCUGAUCAUCCUCCCUGGAAAUUUCCUCAUCAUUUUCACCAUAAAGUCAGACCCUGGGCUUACAGCCCCCGUCUAUUUCUUUCUGGGCAACUUGGCCUUCCUAGAUGCAUCCUACUCCUUCAUUGUGGUUCCCAGGAUGUUGGUAGACUUCCUCUCUGAGAAGAAGGUAAUAUCCUAUAGAGGCUGCAUCACUCAGCUCUUUUUCUUGCAUUUUCUUGGAGCAGGGGAGAUGUUCCUUCUCAUUGUUAUGGCCUUUGACCGCUACAUCGCCAUUUGCUGGGCUUUAUACUAUUCAACCAUCAUGAACCCUAGAGCCUGCUAUGCAUUAUCAUUGGCUCUGUGGCUUGGGGGCUUUAUCCAUUCCAUUGUACAAGUAGCCCUUAUCCCGCACUUGCCUUUCUGUGGCCCAAACCAGCUCGAUAACUUCUUCUGUGAUGUUCCACAGGUCAUCAAGCUGGCCUGCACCGAUACCUUUGUGGUGGAGCUUCUGAUGGUCUCCAACAGUGGCCUACUCAGCCUCCUGUGCUUCCUGGGCCUUCUGGCCUCCUAUGCAGUCAUCCUCUCAUAUAGGGAGCACUCCUCUGAAGGAAAGUGCAAGGCUAUCUCCACAUGCACCACCCAUAUUAUCAUUGUAUUUCUCAUGUUUGGACCUGCUAUUUUCAUCUACACUCGCCCCUUCCAGGCUUUCCCAGCUGACAAGGUAGUUUCUCUUUUCCAUACUGUCAUCUUUCCUUUGAUGAACCCUGUUAUUUAUAUGCUUCACAACUUUGUUUAUAUGCUUCACAACCAGGAAGUGAAAGUUUCCAUGAGGAAAUUGUUAAGUCAACAUAUGGUUUGCUGA